CACUAUCCAAAUUAAUUUACAUUGUUUAAUUGUGUUUUUUUCUGUUGUUUUUUUUAAAGUCUUGAACAACCUGAUGUUAUUUUUAAUCAGUGAUGAACAGAUACUUGUCUUGGGUUUGUAAGUUACGAAGAAAAAAAUUUAAUCUGGCAUGUGGCAUAUAUUAAAGAUCAAAAUUCUAAUCGCAGUGCUGGAAAUAUAAAAAAAAAUGAAAACAAUCGGUUAAAGAACUGGUGGUGUUUCGUUCAGUAAUUUAACAUUGAUGUGUUAAUAAGGGAUUAAAUACACGGAUCAAUAUUUUAAAUGAGUUUAAUUGAACGCAAGUGGAUCUAUUUAUUGAAUGUUUGCAAAGGUCAAAUGCUUUAAUCUGUUUGGGGUCCAUUGUUCUGUAACUGACUGUGAGGUGCAGCGGACUGUUAAUCUAUAAGGAUAGAUAUUUGUUUUACGGGUUGUUAAUGAAAUGAAGAGGAUUGUUUUUGUUAACAUGCAAGUGACGUAAUUAUAUUAGUUCAGCUGUGGACUAAAAUGGGAUUUGAAAAUCAAGAUCAGAUAUCUGGAAAUGACUUAACAUCAACGGGGCCAGACAGGGCCCCUAAUCAAUCGAUGGGUGAGAGCACUGAGGAAAACAUCCGUAAAGAAAAUGGAGAUAUCAAGAAGCAGGAUGCGGUCACUCAGAUGCAUGCGGCCGCUGUCAAUGGAGACAAGGCCUUGCUGGCCAAAAUCAUUGUCUCCAGUGGACAAGAAAUUGACCAUGGGGAUCAGUUUGGGAGGACUCCUCUUAUGUUUACCAUCCUUGCUGAUCGGCUGGAAUGUGCUGAGUUGCUGCUGCGGGCGGGAGCCAAUGUGAACUGUAAGGAUAAGGGCGGUCGCACAGCUCUACACUGGGCCGCUCACAAGGGUAACCUGAGGAUGUUGAAGUUACUGCUGUCUAAGGGAGCCAGUAUACGGGACAAGGACAAUGAAGGACAGACAGCAGUACAUCUGUGUACACGACACAAGUCACCCAAAUGUAUGGCGCUGUUGCUACGGCAACUCUCUCCCGGUGAAAUUGAUGAUCAAGACAAAAAUAAGAGGACUGCACUCCACUGGGCAGCUUCCUAUGGCAAUAUGGAACAUGUGAAGAUGUUAAUCAAACAGGACUCAAACAUUGGCAUCCCUGAUGUGGAAGGGAAAACUCCACUUCAUUGGGCAGCCAGUAGCAGGGAUUCCGAGGCGGUCAACUGUGUCAAGACAAUCCUAGAGACCACGCCCAGUGUCAUCAACUGGCAGGACUACGAAGGGAGAACGGCCCUCCACUUGGCUGUAGCGGAUGGAAAUGAAGCCAUUGUCAGAGCAUUGACCUCGGUGGAGAACUGCAAUGUGUCGGCCUUAGACAAUAUGUUUAGGACACCACUUCAUUGGGCUGCUGUGUUAGGUCACUCUGCUGUGGUGGCACUGCUGUUGGAGAAUGGUGCUGAAUACUCUGUUUCCGAUUCCAAUGGGGCCACACCACUCCAUUAUGCAGCUCAAAAUAACCACCAUGAAACAGUGGAAGUUUUCUUGUCCUGUAAAAAUGUAGUGGAUGAGCCUGACAUUGAAGGGCGUUCUGCUUUUAUAUGGGCUGCUGGGAAGGGUGCAGAUAAUGUUAUCAAAGUGUAUCUCAAACACAAUGUUGAUAUUCAGCAAGUGGACAGCCAUGAAGGAACGGCCCUUCAUGCUUCUGCUCUGUCUGGUCACGCCUCAUCGGUUAAGCUACUGCUGGACCAUGGAGCACAGAUCGAUGCCGUAGACCGCCUCAAACACACGGCGCUGUUCCGAGCCUGUGAGAUGGGGCACACCAGUGUGGUGCAGUCACUGAUAGACUAUGGUGCUAGGGUCGACGUUUUGGAUUUUGAUGGACGGUCACCACUUCACUGGGCAGCUUUAGGGGGUCAUUCUUACAUUUGUCAGACCCUCAUUAAAUAUGGUGUGGACCCAAACAUCAGGGAUUACUCAGGGCGGACUCCACUGCAGUGUGCAGCCUAUGGUGGAUUUGUCAAUUGUAUGUCAGUAUUGAUAGAGCACAAAGCCGAUGUGAAUGCUAGAGACCGUGAUGGCAUGACAGCUUUACACUGGGGGUGCAGUAAGGGACAUUUAGAUGCUGUCAAGUUAUUAAUAGAAUACCAAGCUUUUCCAAACCACAUGGAAAUGACUGAGGACAGAUAUACACCCCUGGACUAUGCCUUGAUGGGGGAACACCAUGAUGUAGCCCAGUACAUGCUGGAGCAGGGGGCGCUCUCUAUUACGGGUAUACAGGAUCUCGCUGCCCUCAGCAUCCAGAAAGUGUUCAGAGGUUAUCGAAUAAGGAAGACUUUCUCUGAGAGGAAGAAGUUGCUUAUGAAACAUGACCAGCUUCGGAAAGAGGCUGCUAGAAAGCGAGCCGUCGAGGAAACGAGGAAGAAAGAGGACAUGAAGCACAAAGAGGAAGUCAAUAGUCGCCAAAAACUUGUGUUCAAAGAGAUGAGUCUGGUGGAGCAGGAACCUCCUCCAACAGUCAAACAGGAAGAGGUUAUAGAGGAAGAGGAAGUGCCAAAAGUUAAAGAAAGGAGAGAACCGAAACACAAGAAAAAAGAAUUUCUAAUCAGCACCAGUAUCAUACAAAUUUAUGACGAGAUAGAAAGACGGAAAGAACGGGACCUCUCUGAGCAGGAAGUGGUCUUACGUAAAAAAGAAAGUCAGAAAAAAAUCAAAAGUGCUGAAAAAUCUCGACAACGACAAUACAAACUGAAACAAAAGGCAGCAUCCAAAAUCCAGAAAGCAUGGAAAAACUACAAAAUGCGACAAGUUGGGAUUCUGAAGGUGGCCAAACAAUCGAUAAGAACCAUGCGACUGCGUGCAGGGGCAGAAGAGUUUGAGAAGUCCAUAGCGGCUCUGACCAUUCAGCUAGCAUGGCGCAAAUACUACAGGCGGAAAUUACUACGCCAACUACAUCCUAAUAAACGUCAACUGCAUAUGUGGGAUCCUGAAGUCAUAGCCAUGAAACAAAGAGCUCUAGUCAAGUCAGUUUACGGAGAGAAGGUGAAUGCCCCAUUUUGGCAUCCCCAGCAGAGGAAACACACAAGGCCAUAUUGGGCAAAAUGGAUUCCCUCCCCUGCUGCUUUAUCAUAUAACUUUGCGGUGGAUAACUAUCAUCCCCUGGCCUCAAAGAAAGGUUUCCUUCCCACCCCAUUCCUAGAUGAGACUGGGCAUCCCAGAGAUUUCGACUGGAAACCAAUUGAGGAUGAAGAUUUAGAGAAAAAUUUGAGAGAUGUUCGAAUAACGGAUAAUCCUUCGAGGAAGUCUAGUAGGUAUUCAUACAAUUUCACGCCUUCGCGGGGAGGGGACGUGACGGACAUGUCAGGCCUGAAGAAGAAGCUUCAGCAAAUUGAGGAUGAAUAAAAACUGUGCUUUAAUUUUGUCUACUUAGGUGAUAUUUCUUGUUAAAGGCUGUAUGUUUUUUGUUGCAGGUAAAAUUUGUUUUUAUUAAGCCUAUUUGAUGGUUGUGCAUUUACAGUUUGUAUAUUUUGCAUUUACAAAGUGCAAACUGAAAAAAUUAUCCGUUAUAUAACGUACGUGUUUGGGUAGGAAAAUCAAGUAUCGUGUGUGAAACUGUCAUUUUGAGAUGAAAAACAAUGACAGUCUAGUCUCAAUCAUCAUUUGCUGUAUCAUGCAUCAAGUUAGAUCUGAAUUUCUUACAAUUUUGAUUAGUUUGCUUUAGCAAAAUUCUCUUGCUUCAACAUUCUCUCUCUCUCUCCCUAUAUUCGUUGGAAGUUAUAAAUAUAUUAGACGAUUUGUACAUAAGAAUGGAGUACUUUGUAAAUUAAGUUUGUGCAUAAAUGUAGUGAAGUAGAGAUGAGGUUACCAGUAUUAUGAAGUAUAUUGUUUUAUUUCGAAGGAGCUAGAGCAAAACCUUUUUGUUUGUACUGGUUCCUGCAUUUUUUCUGCAAUAAAACACAAUAUAUUUUAAUAAUCCUGAUGGUUUACAUUCAUGAUUGGAUGGUAAUUAACUUAUUUGUAAAUGCACGCUGUGUAUGAAUUUACGUAAAUGCAUGUUCACACUCUUAAUCGAAUACGGAGGUUUAUUGAUUUAUGAACCUUUUUUAAUCAAUAAGUCCGUCCAUCUUCAAAUAUGGUUUUCAGUAUUUGUUGUAUGAAUUAAUAAAAUGAUUUUAUUAAUAAACGUCUGUGGUUGAAAUCUCAUAUGGAUUGAACUCAAGAUUUGACUUGUAGUAAAUAAUUUUAAAUUUUAUUAUUAUAUUUUGGCUAAAAGCUGUUGUAUUAUAACAGAUGUAUAAAAGAGGUAAUUUUUUAACCUUAAAUGGCCAAUUGUUCUGCAUGAAUGGUGAUUAUAGAGCAGCACUUGUGUGUAAAUUUUAAAUAGACCUUGAAUUUUGAACUGUUGGUUGUUUUAAUCCUUUGUGGUUCAAUGCCAAGAGCGAGCUUUUCAUUGAAAUUCAUUGAUGAUUGCCAAGAGAUGAAAAACUUUCUAAUCUAGCGAACUAAAUUCCUUUUUCUUUUUGGUACAUAUAUGUAAUUCAUUAUAUUGAAAAUAUUGUGGUGGUAAUAAUCAGUUAUCACUUUAAAAAAAAAAAUCGUUUAUUUAUCAAAGAAUUAGUUGAAAUUUUGUUUCUGUUGUAAUUUUUCUGUUUUAUACGUAUGUAUUUUUUUUUCAAAUGCAAUCAUUGAUGUGAAAUUUUGUUUCUCUAGCUCUGUUUGAAAUUUGAUCAUGAAAUGCAUUUUGAAAAAUAUAUUCACUUUGUUUAAUAUCGAAGCAUGAAUUCUGAUGAAGAGUUCUGAAUUGCUUUGGCUGUCUGUGAUACAGAUGUUUAUUUAUAUAUAUGUAAUAAUAAUUGUAUCAUACAGAUUUUAUUGUUUAUUAUUGAAUGAUUUGACUGUAGAACUAUAUUUGUUACAUGAUAUAUUAAUUAUUAAAGAUAAAAUUUCCA